AUGUCAUCACCGCGCGUCUUCAUUGUCCGUCACGGCGAGACCGAGUGGUCGCUCAACGGCCGCCAUACAGGAUCGACCGAUAUCCCGCUGACCGCCAAUGGCGAGAAGCGGGUACUGGCGACGGGCAAGGCGCUGGUGGGAAAUGACCGUUUGAUUGCGCCCAGCAAGCUGGCUCAUAUCUACGUGUCUCCGCGACGUCGGGCCCAGCGCACGCUGGAGCUGCUCAACGUGGUCAACAGAGAGCAACUGCCAUGGCAGGCACAUGGCGAGCCCUUCUGCGAGGGCGGCCGAAAGUGCGAAGCUAAGAUUGAGGUCACCGAGGACAUCCGCGAAUGGGACUACGGCGACUAUGAGGGCAUCACCACCCCAGAGAUCCGCGAGUUGCGGAAGCAGCAGGGGCUGGAUUCGAAUUGGGAUAUCUGGAAGGAUGGAUGCCCAGGAGGAGAGAGCCCCGCCGAGAUCACGGAGCGUCUGGACCGGUUGAUCAAGGACAUCAGGGAGAAGUGGCACGCGCCCGCCAUGGGCAAACAGAAGGCAGAGGGAGCCAACGGCGACGUGCUGAUUGUAGCCCAUGGCCACAUCCUGCGGGCAUUUGCACAACGCUGGGCUAACCAGUCGCUUCAUGGCGGACCAACAUUUCUGCUUGAAGCGGGUGGCGUCGGUACGCUAAGCUACGAACAUCACAACAUCAAUGAGCCUGCCAUUCUUCUCGGUGGCGCCUUUGUCGUGGAGCUUCCUGGUACGUUGAAGGAAACGGGUCUAUCCAUCAGCAGAUAUACCCCAUUUAUUCCACGUUACUGA